GGGGCAGUAACUCUUACUGUCUUCCGUUACAACGCACAUUUCCACGGUCAAAGCAAUGGCAACACGAAGUCGGGCUCUUGCAGCAUUUAAAGAGUUACACAAAACAUGCAAGACUGUGUUUUCAGGAGACAAAAAAGCGCUCAAAGCAAGCAGGUUCAAAGUAAAUUCAGAAUUUAAGAAGUACAAAGAUGAAACAGACACAAAGACAAUUGAAAAUCACAUUCAAUGGGCUAAUGAUUCUGCUCGUCUGCUUCGACUAACAGUUGUACAAGGCAAGCUUAAGGAUGAUGGAACUACCUAUGAAGUGCGCUUAAGGAAAGAUACAAGCCUAGAAGACAACACCAUCUUUAAUCCUAAUGCUGACAUUCCCAUGAGACCACAACAUAGAAGGAGAAAGGAAGUGCAUUCUUCCAACUUAGAAAUUGACCUGUUGAAGGGAAAGAAAGGAUGACAUUAGCAACAUUUCCAAAUGAUGUCUACUGCCUUCCAUAUUGAUUCCUGUGUCCUGUUCUGCAUGCAUAUUGCAUAUUCACACGAGAAAGAAUCCUAAAUUUCUAAACAAAGCUUUCUUGUAUUGUGUUGCCAGCAGAGCGUUUUUCUCUCUCAAACACUGCAUCUCCAGUGACAUUGUUGCAUGUCAGCAUAGUACACUUCGAUCAAUUUUCGUUUGAAGUCUUAAGCGCAGAUCUAGCUUCUUGUACCUGACUAUCAUCACUGCAGAAUACAAAACCUUUCCUAACUAAA